GCUGCUCUACAGCCGCAUCCUGACCAUGCGUUACUUAAGCUAGAGUACAUAUCGAUAUUCCCUGCGUCUCUGCUUUCCCAGAUAUUAUCCAGUCUGGAAAGAAUCUCCGAGAUACCUGACGAUAGGCGAGCAGCCGAGGCCUGUUUCCUCCUCUCACAGUGCCAUAUUAACGGGGUUGGAAAUGAGCAAUCAGACGAAAAGGGCCUUUAUUGGCUAAAAAAGGCUACGUCUCUAGGACACCAAGUCGCACAUCUCGUCCAGGCACAGAUCACCGGUCAAGAAAACACUUUCUUUGAUCCUUGGGACCUCAUAACUCCGCUUGACCCAGACGCAUAUCCUGUCAAUGUUUCAGACACACCUGAAAAAAUACUGCAAUUCUUGGCUGAGAAUAGCAAUCUGACAUCUAACUUUAAUGGGAGUCAAGACUCAAUAGUGCACUGGGCUGCAACCUUUGGCCUGCCUCAGCAUCUGUGUCUGUUUCUAGACGUAUAUCCUGAGCUAAUUGAAGAUAAGAAUGUCGUCGGAGAAACCCCCCUAAUCUGCGCUACCCGGCACGGAAAUGCCAGCUGCAUAAUAGAGCUCUUUUUACGCGGUGCCAAUGUGGAUCAUGCUAGCUUCGCUGGAGAGACAGCACUUCACUGGCUAGUGUCGUUUCCUGACGAGGCUGUUGAGACGAUGGGGACUAUCCUUUUUAGCCGCUUGUCUUUGUUCUCCUACGCCCUGGUCAGGAAUCAGGCCCCGAACGUCGUUAUUACAGGCCUAAAAAUAGUGCCCGGCACUCCCCUUUCCCGGGCCGUGACUCUUGGACGACAGGCUGUCGUCACAUUCCUUCUCCAACGCGGUGCUGAUUGCUUUUUCUCGGGAUUAAAUCGCUUCAAUGUGGAUGCCCUCGAGAAAGCUGGAGCGGCUGGCAAUUACGAGAUGCCCGAUAUUCACGAGCGGGAAUUGUUACCUAUUCAUAGAGCCUGCCAAAACCACGAUGACCAGAUGCUCAGUCUUAUUCUAGGCCAUCAAUCGACCAUGCUUCCGGGAUGGGCUGGCAAGACCGCUCCGCCUCGAGGAAUAUUGGCCGCAUUCAGGGCAGACCAAGAUGACGGGUUAGGUUGCAUCAACUAUUGCUCCUAUUCACUUCUUGGAUACGCAUGUGAUCCCAACAGUCGAUUCUCUCGAAUGUGCAUCCAUGGCCCAAGGCAAAAGGAAGCUC